GGCUACAUGCUGGACUGUAACAGAGAGGAAACAAUAAAUCUUAGCUACUAUGCAAUAAAUAUUCCCAAUUUUAACUAAGGAAGCUAUCCUCACAGUGAAAUUCUAAAAAAAAAAAAACCAAAACAGCCAGUUUAUCCAAGCUUGAUUCUUAAAGUGUGCUGCUCUGCUCCUUCUUUAAAGACUUUGAGGGAAAUUAAGAACAAAUUUAAAGAAAGAGGAAGAAAAAGUUUUUCUUAAAGCAGGAAAGGAAAGUAAUAAUAACAUGUCAGUUUUCUUUUCCUUUGCUUUCCUGGCAGUGAUUCUUGCUCUUGUAGGCUGUACUAACCAGCGUCGGGGUCCAGAAGGCAGUGGGAGAAGAUUUAACCGGGUUCAGCACGGGCAGUGCACCUACACUUUCAUUCUGCCAGAACAGGACGGGAACUGUCGUGAAAGCACAACAGACCAGUACAACACAAAUGCUCUUCAGAGAGAUGCUCCUCACGUGGAACAGGAUUUCUCUUCCCAGAAACUGCAACAUCUGGAACAUGUGAUGGAAAAUUACACUCAGUGGCUGCAAAAACUUGAGAACUACAUUGUGGAAAACAUGAAAUCAGAGAUGGUGCAGCUGCAGCAGAAUGCUGUGCAGAACCACACUGCUACUAUGCUCGAGAUAGGGACCAGCCUCCUCAGCCAGACAGCAGAGCAGACAAGAAAACUCACGGAUGUUGAAACCCAGGUGCUAAAUCAAACAUCCAGACUUGAAAUUCAGCUACUGGAAAAUUCCCUGUCAACAUACAAGCUAGAAAAACAGCUGCUACAACAGACACAUGAAAUCCUGAAAAUUCAUGAGAAAAAUAGUUUACUUGAGCACAGAAUUUUAGAAAUGGAAGAAAGGCACAAAGAAGAGCUGGCCACUUUGAAGGAGGAGAAAGAGAACCUGCAAAGCUUAGUCACACGACAAAGCUCCAUAAUCCAGGAACUAGAGAAGCAGUUAAACAAGGCAACAAGCAAUAACAGUGUCCUGCAGAAACAGCAGCUUGAAUUGAUGGAUACAGUUCACACCCUGAUCACCCUCUGCUCCAAGGAAGGAGUUUUACUAAAGAAUGCAAAAAAGGAAGAAGAAAAGCCAUUUAGAGACUGUGCAGAUGUAUACCAAUCUGGAGUUAACAAAAGUGGGGUCUACACUAUUUAUAUUAACAAUGUGUCAGAUCCUAAAAAGGUCUUUUGUAAUAUGGAAAUUGCUGGAGGAGGAUGGACAGUUAUACAACACCGAGAAGAUGGAAGUCUGGAUUUUCAGAAAAGCUGGAAAGAAUACAAAAUGGGUUUUGGUAGCCCAUCAGGUGAACAUUGGCUGGGAAAUGAAUUUAUCUUUGCAAUAACAAGUCAGAGGCAAUAUUCUCUAAGAAUUGAAUUAACGGACUGGGAAGGAAACCGAGCAUAUUCACAAUAUGACAGAUUUCACAUAGGAAAUGAAAAACAGAAUUACAGGCUUUAUUUAAAAGGUCACAGUGGAACUGCUGGAAAACAGAGUAGUCUGAUCUUGCAUGGUGCUGAAUUCAGUACAAAAGAUGCUGACAAUGACAACUGCAUGUGUAAAUGUGCUCUCAUGUUGACUGGAGGGUGGUGGUUUGAUGCCUGUGGCCCCUCCAACCUCAAUGGGAUGUUCUACACAGCUGGACAGAACCAUGGGAAGCUCAAUGGCAUCAAGUGGCAUUACUUCAAAGGCCCCAGCUACUCCUUGCGCUCCACCACCAUGAUGAUUCGGCCUUUGGACUUCUGAAGGAAUUCCGCGGCAGAUCCCAGCAGGAGCCAGGCUGGCAGCGCCCUCAGCAGCAGCACUGGCACAGUCUGAAGGGAAAAGGUGAAGGGCUUCUGAAAGCAGCAUGUAGGGAUGAUGCAAAGUUGCUUCGCUGUCUCUCCAUAACCUGCACACACUUCCCAACAGCCACCCCACCCUUUGAUUACUGCGGAGAGCUUGGUUUAGAAGAAGGUGGCUGAAAUUAUUUUCCAAAGAACUGGAUUUGGCUAUUCUGCACAAACUUGGUGCUUGCCAGUGGAUGUCUUUUUUGUUUCCUUUGUUUUAAUUCAGCAACAGAAUCAGAAUUUGAAGAACUGGAACAUAUCAACCAUGGUCUAUUGAGUAGAAUGUUAUUCAGCAGUGAAAUGACAACAUUAUACCCAUGAAAAAGGAUUACAGAGACACUUUUAUUAAAACUUUUCUUAAAACAUCCAAGGUGACCACUCCAAAUAUUGUUUUUCUUAAUGAACUGAUUUUGAAUAGUGGAUGGAUUUAUGUGAAUCCCAAAGUCAAAUUAUUUGUGCAAAUAAAAUUUUUCAUUGAAUACUUUAAAGACAAGUUUCUAAUAAACUGAGACAAACAUAUGAAUAAUGAUAAGGAUAAUAGGCAUGAAUUCCUCAGUUGCUCUGUAGAGGUAAAUCAGGUAAUUGGCGUAAUCCCUGAGCUAGGAUUUAUAGUGUGAUAACAAAAGUAGCUGUGUUUUUAGGUUUUUCCUUUCUUUCAUUAAAAGCAGUCUGAAUGUCAUGUAGAAUAAUUAAUGGAAGGUUUAAAGAACGUGAAAUAUUAUCCAAGAGAAAAUACAGGAUUUUGCAUGGAAUUUUUCCAUCAAAUACAUAGGAAGGCAAACUGUUAGAGUAUAAAAAAGUACAUAAAUGCAUAGCUUAAGGCAAUGGAUUAAUUUUGCAGUAUCCUUGCAUGUGCGCAAUUUAUCCUGAAUUAUUUUACUUUUUUAUUACAUUUUUGUGAAUAGCAGAAGCAUGCCAGUUUUACACAGUGCUUAGGCUACAACUAUAAGAAAUACUCAUCAGAACUGUAUAAAAAAUAAAGAAUUGUGAACUUGUAAAUAUCAUAUCUUUCCUGCAACAGUCAUUUAUUUUGUACAGGAAACCCUGAACCCAUGCAAAGGGUGAAAAGCCUCAAAAGGAUAUAAAUGUUAAAGAACUUUAGAUGACUGCUUACAGGGUGCUAACAAGUAAUUUUGUUCUAUUAAAAUGUUGCAAAAGUGUGGGAUUAUUGGAAAAGAUAAAAGUCUUCUAGUAACAAGCAAUAAAGUAAUGUGUGGCCUAUGAGGAUACAGAGAUAACUCUUUCCAUUUACAGCCCUUUUGAUUAAGUUGUAUGAAUAAAGUCUAUUUGGGGAAGUAGUUCACAGUCAUUCUACUUCUACUAGAAAUUAAAUGAAAAAUGUUACCCUACUGAAAUCAAAAACAAUACUCUCAUCAAUUAAAUUGGGACCAACAUGACACAAGAACCUGCAUGUGGUGAGGUGUUUGCUCAUCUCUUUGUUGCUUGGUUCCAUUUAUUAAACUGUUCCUGAGAUGAAGCACAACAAUUAUCUGAUUUUUUUAAAAGAAUAAUGAUAACUCUUUUUUCCCCUUACUUUCUACCUAUUUUUUUCCAUUUAGCAGUUUAUUUCUAUGGAAUAGAGAAAAAAUACUUGGAUAUUUAUAAACACCUCUUCCUAAAGAUCAUAAGGUUAUACUACCACUGAGGGCUAUUGCAGCCCCUAAGGGUUCUCUGAUUUUGUUACAUUUUGAUGCUUGUUUCAUUUUAAGUGGGAAGAAUUUUUUUUUUUUGUGUAGGUGUAUAUAUUUAUAUAUAUAUUUGAAAUAAUCUUGACUAAGGGUUAAUUUGAA